GUUGUGGAAUUUUGAUUAUCUACAAUAAAUACGGAGGGAGAAGUUCUAUCCCACGCAAAAUAGUUUUUUGCUAUGUUGUACAUUUGUAAGACGGAGACAACGCAUGCGCGUAUAGUGUAUCCUCUUAACCCUUUGUCGAUAUAUUCGUUGUGCACUCGUGCAGUCUAGGAAGUUUAGAAAAUCGAGUUUGUAAAGGGUUCAAAAUAAAUAUGGUGACUUGCGACCAUUAAAAAUUAAUUUAGUUUUUGGGCUAUGAUGGUAUACGAGUGCCACACCGUAUUUAAGGUGUUAAUUAGAGACUAUAUAUCCAACGUGAGUGCGUGUGCGUGAGUUUACCUAUUAAAAAUUAUUAUUAAUGCGUGCAGCUUCAAGCGAGGCGGAGUAAUCUGCGUGUUUAUUUCAUGUUCCCGCCUUUUACACGCACAUGUAUAAACUCAGAGUCAAGCCACUAAACAGGUGUUAUUUUUCACCAAAUUGUGUAAUUGUUUAUUAUUGUUUUGAUCGACUUAAUGAUUUAAUAAGAAAUUGUAAUAAAAGUUUAAAUUUGUCAUUACAUAGGUACUUGGAAUUUAAUGUAUACCGACUUGGUUGUUAUAUGAGGGAAACUAGGGAGAGUAGGAAAUUUAUGGAUGUUUGAUAGAAUUUGGAAUGUGGUGAAAAUUGGUUUUCUAUCGAUGUUUUAGUAUUAUAGCCUACUCAUGUGAUUCUCAAAACUUCCACAAAUUUAAAUUGUUUAUCCAAUUAAUUUAGUACUAAUGGUUAAUAACAUAUUAUAUAAUGUAUGAUUUUUGUAUGUUGUUAUAAUUAAAUCGUUUACAUUUUCUUUGUUAUUAAUGAAUAAUUUAAACUGCAGCAGUUUACUAUCAUCGGCCAUUCAAGAUAAAAUGCUUACUAUUAUUCUAUAUAAAAUACAACAUACACGAUAUAAAUGUUAAAUGUACCUAUAUAAUAUAAUUAAACAUUGUUGUCAUACAGAAUAUGAUUUUUUUUCAGUAUCUAUACCUAUACAGUAGUUAUAUACACUACAUGUAUCGAUGCGAAUUAUGAAGUGACAAACUAAAACUUAGUCAACACUCACCACGACAUUUUAUUAAGAUUUUCAAAUUUAAUAAGCUCAAAAUGAAUCUUGAAACCUUGUUAUCUACACUAAGCCAAUCAUCUGUUCUCAAGUUCCUCAACACAGCAAAACCUUCCAAAAACUUGUAAAAAAAAAUCAAACCCGUUUAAUUUUGUCGGUUUAUCAAUAUUUUGUAUGUCUAAAAGAUUUUACUCACGUCGUGUUUGAUACGGCCAAAGAUUGGCCUCUUAUCGUUGCUGAGGUUCAAUUCAAAACUUUUAUAGAAAUAUACAUUGAAAUACCACAUAACGCGAUAACGGCUUAACCAAAACUCGACCGAAAGGACAAGCAACGUUGAUCAAAAUCCUAUACUGUUUAAUCAAAUCUCAUAGUCAUGAUAGACUUCAAGACCAAAUAUCCUGUUAACUUAUGGAAGGAUCACGGAUUGUACACCGAUGAUUAUAUUAAACUAAUCAAUAGCCAUUGGUUAAAAUUCAUGCCUCCCAAUCCAACGUCGCACUACGUUCUUGGACUUCUGUACACGGUCAUUAUGGUUUUUGGAUGCACCGGAAAUUCUCUGGUGAUUUUCAUGUACUUUAAAUGUAGAUCUUUGCAAACACCGGCAAACAUGUUGAUAAUUAACUUGGCUGUUAGCGAUUUUAUCAUGUUAGCAAAAGCCUCGGUAUUUAUCUACAACAGUUAUUACCUGGGACCUGCGCUAGGAAAAUUGGGAUGCCAGGUAUGUGGAUUUCUUGGUGGCUUGACCGGGACCGUGUCAAUUAUGACGUUGGCAGCCAUAUCCUUGGACCGGUAUUAUGUUAUAGUGUGCCCUCUAAAAGCAGCUGUGAAAACCACUAAGCAAAGGGCCAGGAUAUGGAUAGGACUGAUAUGGAUUUACGGAUUUUCGUUCUCCAUCGUACCGGUACUAGAUUUGGGGUACAGUCGGUACGUGUCGGAAGGAUACCUGACAAGUUGCAGCUUCGACUACCUUUCGGACAACGACCAAGACAAGAGGUUUAUCCUGGUAUUCUUUACAGCGGCGUGGUGCAUACCGUUCACAAUAAUACUGUACUGUUACGUGAACAUACUGAUGGCAGUGUGGAUGACCACCGAAAUAGUCACCAGCAGGGUUGGCCAACAAGAAGAGAAGAGGAAAACGGAUAUACGACUGGGGUACAUGGUGAUAGGGGCUCUGGCGCUGUGGUUUGUGUCGUGGACGCCAUACGCCGUGGUGGCACUGCUGGGUGUCUUCGACCUGAAGGAGUACAUCUCACCGCUAAGCUCGAUGAUCCCGGCUUUAUUUUGCAAAGCAGCUAGCUGUACGGAUCCGUGGUUUUAUGCCAUCACGCACCCGAGAUUCAAAAAGGAACUGAUGAAGUUGCUGACGAAGAGUAAGAGCAGAAAGCUUGUCCGGAAUUAUGGCAUGAAGAAGGGAUGGGUUGGGUCGCAUUUGAACAAAAACGGUAGCGUUGACUUCGAUAACUGUUUGAAAACCGAAUACAAGGAAGAAAAUACAACUAUCUUCAUGCUUGAAUCCGAUGACAAUAAUUUGCACUGUCAGGGGUCCACUUCCGGUCACAAGACUGAAUCAACUAAGGAGCCGGAAACCAAGUUCACUGCAAGUGCCAGCCAAGAGACUCUCAAGUAUAUGCUACCAAGCUGAUACUAAUAUACAAUAACAACUGCUGCAUGAAUAAAUCAUUGAAGAACUAAAUAUUGGAAAUUCUUCAAGCUGGUCUAGGCCAAAAUAGCGAAAAUAAUAAUAACAAAGUAAAAAGUACAAAAUCCUAUGCAAAAAAAGUUUCCUAUAAAUAUACUUAUUUGUCAUAAUUAUUUACAUUUAAUAGCGGAAAAGGUGAUGAAUUAUGGCUAAAGUCGAAAUUAUUAAUGUUAAUGGUAUUUCAAAUAUGAUUUUAAAAAUAAAAUAUUAGAAAUUGUAUACUUUAAUAAAUAUUACUUAAUUAGCCAUUAGGUAUAGGUACUUAUAGAAUUAGGUUAUUCAUGUUUGUAAAUUGAGAGCUAAUAGUUAUGCCUUUGAGAAAAUGUAUGUUAUCAUUUGAGUUAUAA